AUGGAGCGCCCUUUAAGCAAGAGGAACCCGGCGCUGAGAUUAGCGGACUUGGCAGCGACUCAAGCCCUUCCUCAUCAGAACAUGACAGGCUUCCCGGGGCUAGGGGGGCAUCACCCUCUCUCCCACCAUGCCCACCUCCACCCUGGGGAGCUGGGCAACGACCCUGGAGUGGCACUCACUCCAUUUGGACCAGAGCACAUGGCACAGACUAACGCUCUGAAACUUAGCCCGUCUCAGCACAUUCAGAGCCACCACGAAGCCCAGACCGCGGCGUCCUUCACUGCAGCCCAGACCGCCGUCGGUUUCCCUGCGGCUCACCCCCACUCAGGCUACUCGAGCAGCAGGGACUUCAUCCUCAGGAGAGAACUCUCAGCCUCUGCUAUGCAUGCACUUGGCGACCAGCAUAGUUCCGCCUCCUCCCCUCAUCACCAUGGCAUGUUCAUCUCCCCAACAGGUGCUUACGGGCACGCGGACAGCGGGGCCCAUUCGCUUUUCACUGGACUCCACGACCAGGCGUCCCCGGUUGCCCACCACCACCACCAUGCCCUCAACGGGCAGAUGCGCCUGGGUAUACCGGGGGACAUCUACGGCCGGCCGGAGCACUUCGGGCACAGGCCGGAGCACUACGGACCGUCCUCCCUCCACAGCUACAACUCCAUGAACCUCAAUGUGAACAUCGCGUCUGCUCCUCACGGAGCGGCGGGGGCGUUUUUGAGGUACAUGCGGCAGCCCAUCAAGCAGGAGCUGAUCUGCAAGUGGAUCGACCAGGACCAGAGUCAGAAGAAGCCCUGCUCCAAGACCUACGGCACCAUGCACGAGCUGGUCAACCACGUCACGGUGGAGCACGUCGGGGGACCGGAGCAGAGCUCCCACGUCUGUUUCUGGGAGGAAUGUCCGCGCGAAGGGAAGGCUUUCAAGGCGAAGUACAAACUGAUCAACCACAUCCGAGUUCACACCGGGGAGAAGCCGUUCCCGUGCCCGUUCCCCGGUUGUGGGAAAGUGUUCGCGCGGUCGGAGAAUUUAAAGAUUCACAAGAGGACGCACACAGGAGAGAAACCCUUCAAGUGCGAGUUCGACGGCUGCGACCGAAAGUUCGCCAACAGCAGCGACCGGAAGAAGCACUCGCACGUGCACACCAGCGACAAGCCGUACUACUGCAAGGUGCGCGGCUGCGACAAGUCCUACACACACCCGAGCUCGCUGCGCAAGCACAUGAAGGUGCACUGCAAGUCCCCGCCGCCCACAAACACCACCAACACCACCAACAACAACAACAACAACAACAACAGCGUCUCCUACAUCUCCUCAACGAAUCCCCUCGGGGACCCCCUGUCCCCCCACUCGGAGCUGCACCGGAGUCGGACCUCGGCCUGCCUCUCCCCGCAGGUCACCAACCUCAACGAGUGGUACGUGUGCCAGGGGAGCGGCGGCCCGCACCACCUGCACACCCCGUCCAGCGACGUGCCCACGUCGGAAGAGGACGAGGACUCUUUCAGAAACUCAGACCCGAGGACCAUGCUCUGAUGUCCCCCCCCCCCCGCACCUCCUCCUCUGCCCCGCCCCCACCGCACCGUGUUUGACCACGUGACUGUCAGACUCGUCAUCUAAACCUGUUAAAGUGUCCACGUCGGGAUAUUGAUCACGUUAUUCAACCAGUGGGAGGGAGGGGUUUCUCCCUUCCCCCCCACAUGACCCCUGACCUUUCCUGAAAUGUAGAUCAAAAGCUGUAAAAAACAACAACAUCUGACAUCAGAACUGGCAUUUAAAGUCUUAUUUUGAAAGGACCGACCGCUUCAGUGAGACAACUCACGAACAGAACAUUCCAACAAGUGUUAUGAUUUUGUUUUCCAAGAGCAAUAUGCAGGUGUCAUCGUCCGCGUGGCUUCAGACCAACCGGUGUGCUGUAAUGACACGUCCCCCCCGGAGCAGUUUAAUAACUCGCCUGCUAUCAAUCAUCGACAUAUUCCAGACGUUUAAGCAACAAAAAAAUGGUACCGCUCGCAGCCCGGAGAAGGGCAGCGGAGCAAAUGCUGACGGACACAAUUUUAGAAGAUGAUUUUUUUUUUAUUCUAUGUGAUUUCUAUAAGAUGUGGUACAAACUUUGAUAAACCAAUAAGGACAAAAACACAAAAAAAGGAGGCAAACAUCUGAGUGUCUUAAGGGGUUCUUAUUUACCUUUUCAGAUUCAUACAUUACAUGUGUUUGGAUGGAUUUUUGUAAUAUUUAAGAACUAUUUAAGACUAUAUUUUAUGCAAAAUUACACAAGUGUUAUGCUCGUUAAAGAGUAUGAGUAAGUCCCUUGAGACCCUAAAUGUCUACACUGACAGGCUUUGGCCCUGUAGGAUUUGUAUAUAUGUCAUUGUACUGAUGCUCGUGAAUGUCGUGUAGUUUUUAAUUACAAUAAGAACAAAAAAAAUGUUGUUUUGUACAUUAUAAUUUAUUUGCUGGUAUCAAUGUUGUACUGGAACUACAGGAACACCAAAGAAUAAUAAUAUCAGUUUUGGUGAUGCAUAGCCUCCCCUGCUGAUGUUUUUUUUUUUUUUUUUAAUGUUUUUUUUAAUUCAUCUUCAUUUUUCUGGGGUUUUAAAAAACCAAACAAUUUUUUAAUAGUGUUCUGUAAAAGAAGAAACAUUUACUUGAAUAGGCUGUGUAAUGUGAAAAGUCCCUUCCACGCAUGCCUCUUGUCGUGACCUGUCUUUCUCUUCGAGGUGCACGUUGGACAUGAUGGAGAGAAAAAAAGAAGAAAAAAGAGAUGAACCAGCUAUGAUUGUGCAGACCCUUGAUGUUCAGUUUUUUUUAUUUGCAAUAUAAAUUUCAUGCUUAUAAAAAAAACAAAAUUAAUAAAAAACAACAACAGGACAUAUACAGUCAAU